GCAGGAGGCCACAACGUGAGAAAUCCCCCAUGGUGCGAGCGCUGGUCGGUGUUGGUGGGGUGUUUUCGAUCGUGGCUCUGUGGGCCGUGACGCUGCCCCCUGCUCGCAUGGAGAACGCGUCGAGUAUCGCAGUAGGGAUGGACGGUGGCACCGGUCGCAGCGUCGUGGAGAAGAAGGCACAAGCGCUGGCGUUUGUCGACCAGCAGCUUCGGUCCAACCCGACGAUCCCAGGGCUGGCGUUCUCUGUCGUGUACAAGCAUGACACGGUGAUCGCACAAGGGCUCGGCACAAUGAAGGCUGGCAACCCCCACACGCCGGUAACACCGAGUUCGAUGUUUCAGAUCGGGUCGUUUUCCAAGACGUUUAUCGCGCUCGGUAUUGCCAAGCUCGUUGACGACGGCGUAAUGACGUGGACCGAUCCUGUCGUGCAGCAUCUGCCUUGGCUAAAGCUGCAAGACACCUACGCCGAAAUGUACACGACGCUUGGGGACUUGCUGUCCAUGAAUUCCGGGCUCGGUGCAUUUGACGGCGACGAGGCCUUUGCAUUCGGCUUGUUUCCAACCGAGCGUGCGGUGGUCGAGCACUUGAGCCAGCUCAACUCGACGCGCGCUCUCCGAAGUGGCUACGCGUACUCGAACAUGAACUUUGAGAUCCUUGGCCAAGUCAUCGAACAAGCCACGAACGAGACGUGGCCAGCAUUUCUCAAAAAGACGAUCUGGGACCCGCUUGGCAUGAAUCAAACGUUUGCUGCGUCGGCGGACGCUGGCGACAACGUCGCCGAGAUGUCGCAUGGCCACAUGAGCUGUGGAUCCAAAGUGAUCGGUCCCUUCGACACUGUGACAGAUUCGAUGGCCAUGCUGACCCCUUCCUCUUCCGGGCACUUGGCAGCAGGCUCGGUCGUGAGUUCCGCCAACGACCUGGCGACAUUCACCCGGUUUCUACUGAGUGAUGGCCGCGCGCUGUUCAAAUCGGCGACCCUCCUUGACGACAUCACAACAGGCCACACCGCUCUCGACAACAUGGUCGUGGUCGGCAACGACGCUGCGGAUGCGUUGGGCUAUUCCUUCCAUCCCGGCGGCAACACGAUCGCGGCCGGGUACGGCAUCGAUGUCGUUGGCCACGUCAUGUUUGGCUACGACUUCUUCACCAAGAACGGCGACACAGCGACGUUCAAAGAACGCAAUGGGUUCGUACCGAGUCAAGGCCUCGGCGUGGUGUUGGUGUCGAAUAGUAACUCGUUGGCUCCCGAAGGGUCGGCUGCAUCGUUCCUACUGGAUCGCAUCCGAAGCUACGUCCUCGGCAUCUUCUUGGACGUGCCACAAGCCGACUUGGACGCGAUGUGGAAUCAAGCCAUCUCUCGGUCGAACCAGAUCCAACCAGAUAACGUGGGCCAUUGUGACGCUCGAUAUUUUGACGGCGCGGCAUGGAACAAAGACAACGUGGCAAUCCCACGGGCCAUCCAAGCCAAGGUGGUCGGUUCGUACGUGGCGGUGGCUUCGCCUGGGUUUUAUGGCCAUGUCGAGUUGAUGCAACGCAAUGGGAAGCUCUACCUCCACUAUGGCAGCUACAACCGCGAGCUGUUCGCAACGGCCGACCCCGCCAUGUUUAUCUGGGACGUUCGCCUUGCCGCGGAAACUAUUUGGGUGCAGUUGGCAGAUAUCGAAUCACCCAAGGCCACGGUCUCGCUCAUGGGAAUGCUCUUCGUUCGCGACGCUUAGUUUGACUUUGUUUUUGAUUGUGGCCAUCUCUCGUGGCAAAUACAUCUUGUGGUCGGGCUUUACUGACCUUUUCCGUUGAUGUGGCAUGCCGCGGCUCGCUCCGUUGAAUACAUGAACAAUAUCUGACUCCUUC